UGUUAUUCGUCAAACUGGGGGAUAGGUGAAUAGUGGAUGGACAAGGUCCGCCACUGAGGGCUGUGUUGAGCGACAUUUUAGCAAAUCCUACACAAAAUGAACAGCCCAUCAAGUGUCCACACAGUUCUUUGUAUGCCCACUCGGUGUAGACCCUAGAAGUAAAAAUUCGUGUACACCUGGAGAUAAAUAUUGUGAACUGAAGGUUAAAUCUCUGUGUUUGACAGUCUGGCAUAAAACAGUAUCUUAUAGUUCCCAUCCUGCAAUGUGCGUCCGGCCAUCUCCUCCGGGACACUCUCUGUCUAAAAUUAUUUUCCAAGGCCUCGUGAAAUGAUGUCGCAGCCGAGGUAGACAGAAGAAAAACUGGAUGGCAAAAGUUUAGUAGCUCCAAUCAAUCGAUGAUGAUGAUGAUGAUGAUGAUGAUGAUGAUGAUGACGACGAUGAAGGUCUUCUCUGACAACUGUAUGACUACACGUUUGUCUGGUUUGAUCAUGUGACCCUCCUGAAAAAAUACUCUGACCAUAAUUCAGGUAUUUUUUUAAGGAGGUGGUGGAUGAGUAAGAAAUGGCUGAGCAGCACAAAAGUAUGGAACGACUUGACCAUAUUAAAUAACCAUAUACUAGCUUUGCUCAGCCUCGCCCCUGUGACGUAUUUUGUCAGUUCAUCCAAUUCCCUCGACAACAGUUCAAGAGACAGACUUGAUCCGUCAUCCCACGCUACAAAAAAAAAAAAAAAAAAAAAAAAAAAAAAGUGAAAGAAAGAUUUUGCAUUGAUUCAUCCACUUUGUCUGCUUCGUUCAAUCGAUCGUUUAAAAAUAACCAGCUCCCUCCAACGGUCCGUGAAGGUGUCGCGUCGUCUGCGCGCGCAAUGGUGAUCGCGUUGCACAAUUGCGCACCGCCCCACUGCGCACCGCCCCACCUCGCCUCUCCUCAACCACCCAAGAAACGCGAAAGGUAAAAACUCGCCUUUUGUCCGAACUGCGCUCACACCCUCUGCUCCCACCUCCGCUGUUGAUGUCUGGCGACACAUUUCGAAUGUCACUCAUGAGGAGAAAAAAUAAAUGUUGGUGAACAUUCGUGGCGGCUUUCCCUCUCGCCCGGUGUGCAGGUGUCGUGGUUGGCGCGGGAGGAAAACAGUCUUAGCUUCGUGCUUCGAUCUGCUGCAGUGUGUGGGGCUGCAUCGACGGCGAAACAUCUAUCGAUGAGUGGGCGUGCAGACGGGGAUUUAUGUUUGUUUUGAAAAAAACCUUCAAAUCCUGCUAAAGCAAUAUUGACUUGCUUUCCAGAUCGAGUUUUACUGGGUCAGCGAAGGAUGACCAAGAACAGCGAUCUCCAGAUUAUCUUUCAGCAGCCUGGAGGGAGAAAUAGUAGAGGUCCUGUCUAGAGGUAGGUUAUUGAAUUGUUGUGAUCUGGAGAAGAGGAAGAACUAACAACGCAACAUCCGAUAAUCGUUAGCAUCAGAUGUCCACCAGAGGACUGAUUGUGGAAUGAUGUGCAGUGACUGUUGACCUAAACAAAAUGUUGAUAUUUGAUACACUAAUCUCUCCAUUGAAGAAGACCGAAUCAUGACUUCACCAUCUGAUCAUUCCAGAAAAAGAAAAGAACAUUUCAGCCAUCAAUACCGUUCCUGAGAGGUUGCUCUGACCUGUCGCCACUUCAUCCACAAUGACACGUGCGGGGGAUUUCUGCGUUCAACUCUGCGAACGCACGCGAGGAUUACCGAAACUUAUUCUAUGUCUGUGUCUGGUCAUCCUGCAGGGCGCCAUGUUUAACGUCUUCAUGUACCUGCAGCUGGGGCCGCUGUGGCUGUGCUGGUUCUUGUAUGAUGCCAUCAACCUGGCCAUGUGCAUCGCAGCCUUUGUUCUCUCCUCCAGAUUCAAGGAAGAACAGAGGAAAGGGAAGUCUUCACGCAGGACAAUCGGAUGGCUGGCCUGGCUGAUUCUAGAGGUCGGGGUUGUGAUUCGCUCGCUCAUUGGCUUCAACACUUUCUGCGACAGCCUGGACGAGGGCAGCUUUUUCGGGCCCAGUACAUUCAAGACGACCAUUGCCCUCUCGUCCGCCAUCUUCAUUCUGCUGCUGACAUCUCACUUUGAAGCUCCCUCCGAGUCCCCCCAACGCCAGUACAUUGUGGAGCUGACUGGAACUGUGUUCUUUGAUUUAAUUGACAUUGUCGAAGCUGUUGAUGUCUUGUUCGACAAACAGGCGACAGCGACGCUGUUCCCUGGCUUGAGAGUGACCAUCCUCAUCGUCGCCUGCAUCAACCUUCUGCUCCCCACAAUCCCUUUCGUCACGCUCAGCAUCACGGGCUUCGGCCAGCGGCGUCUGUCCAGCGCCCUCGUGUCGGCCCACAAGGUUCUGGUGACGGUGGCCAUCAACCUUCCCAACCUCAUCAUCCGCAUGAUCCUCUGGCACGGGCUGAGCGUGGGCAUCUCCGUCUUCGUCCUCAAGAACAUCGUGCUGAUCGUGCUCAACACCUACAGCUUCUACGAGCACAAGUACGACAAGUACCUCCAGCAUCGCCGCGAGGAGGAGAAGCAGAGGAAGCUGCGGGAGCUGCAGCAGGCGGCCAUCGCCAGACAGCACCAGCAGACCGCAACUGCCUCGCCCAGGAGGGACAACCUCAGACGACACAGCCACCCGGCUUGGGGACUCUCUGACAGCCCAGUGUGACAAUACCGGGUGGAGGAGACAGGAGGGUGUGUGUGGGUGUGGUGCUUAGGUUUAUUUGGCAGCCAUUGUUCGCCGCCAUCUUGCCUUAUAGUAAAUAAACAGAACAUUUGGUUUAAAGCCAAUUCAGGGUGUUCUCUGUUGAGUUCGUUUCUCAGUAUUUUUGUAGACAAGACUACAAUCAGAACAUUGUUAUUAUUUGGAGGAGGGUUGCAGGGACUUUUGUGUUCAAUGAGAGAAAAUAUACAAAUAUAUCCGCAAAUGUGUUUACUUGCUUUUGAGUCUCGUACAACACAUUACUGUCAAGCCCAAGGGGGAAAUAAGCCUCUGUAGGUGUAGUAACGUGCCUCUGGUCAUUUUGUUUAGCUUCUGGACAUCCACAAAAGUCUUCUCCCACAUCAAUCACAAACGAACCGGUAGUCUUUUCCCUUGUAACAGACAUUUGUUUGCAUGAAAGUUUUGUAUCCAUGGAAACACUACGAGGCCUUGUCAGGCUCUAUGCUGACUGUGUAUAUGUAUACAUACAUGGAGUGAAAUAUUGCAAUGUUAUAGUAUUAUACACUAAUCUUGUUUGAGUAAAGAGUGAAUAGGUUGUUUAUUUACUGAGUAGUUCCUUAGCGCGUGCCUUUUAUUUUCUCGUUAAAAUAGUUAUCUUUGUCAACUUGUGAUUCACAACAACAAACUAGAAUGUACCAGUUCUCACUGCCGAUAUAUAUAUAUAUAGUGUCACCAAUCUAUAUAAGCAGAAUAAUCUGGUUUAGUUGUUACCUGACAUGAUAUGACAUGUUCUGCUUGCUUCUUGAGCAACCUCCGAUUUGGAGAUUUUUGAAAACCGCCAGUACAGAAUUGUUUGAUGUGUUUUGAUUGGUUCAUUUUCUUAGCCAUUUAU